CGUGGCGUCCGCCCCGGGCCGAGGCUUCUGCUGCCGUGGGCUAGUGUCCGUGCGGCCUGGUCCGGGCCAUGUCUGCGUGAAGACGCCGCUGCUGCCGCCCCCUUCCCACCCCGGUCCCGGCCGGCCCCGGCCAGGCCCGCCGCGCACCAUGGGCUCCAUCCUGAGCCGACGCAUCGCGGGCGUGGAGGACAUCGACAUUCAGGCGAACUCGGCCUAUCGCUACCCACCGAAGUCCGGAAACUACUUUGCUUCACACUUUUUCAUGGGAGGUGAGAAGUUCGACACUCCCCACCCUGAAGGUUAUCUCUUUGGAGAAAACAUGGAUCUGAACUUCCUGGGCAAUCGCCCAGUCCAGUUUCCGUAUGUCACCCCUGCUCCCCAUGAGCCGGUGAAGACGUUGAGGAGCCUGGUGAACAUCCGAAAAGAUUCACUCCGGCUCGUAAGGUACAAAGAUGGUGUCAACAGCCCCACCGAGGACAGCGAGAAGCCCCGUGUCCUCUACAGCCUGGAGUUCACCUUUGAUGCCGACGCCCGGGUGGCCAUCACCAUCUACUGCCAGGCGGUGGAGGAGUUCCUGAAUGGGAUUGCUGUGUACAGCCCCAAAAGCCCUGCCCUGCAGUCUGAGACUGUCCACUACAAGAGGGGCGUGAGCCAGCACUUCUCCCUGCCCUCCUUCAAGAUUGACUUCUCAGAGUGGAAAGAUGACGAGCUGAACUUUGACCUCGACCGGGGAGUGUUCCCAGUGGUCAUCCAGGCCGUGGUGGAUGAAGGGGACGUUGUGGAGGUGACCGGCCAUGCCCAUGUGCUGUUGGCUGCCUUUGAAAAGCAUGUGGACGGUAGCUUCUCUGUGAAGCCGUUGAAGCAGAAGCAAAUUGUAGACCGGGUCAGCUACCUGCUGCAGGAGAUCUAUGGCAUCGAGAACAAAAACAACCAGGAGACAAAGCCUUCGGAUGAGGAGAACAGUGACAACAGCAAUGAGUGUGUGGUGUGCCUGUCAGACCUCCGGGACACGCUGAUCCUGCCCUGCCGCCACCUGUGCCUGUGCAACUCCUGCGCCGACACGCUGCGCUACCAGGCCAGCAACUGCCCCAUCUGCCGGCUGCCUUUCCGGGCCCUUUUGCAGAUCCGGGCAGUGAGGAAGAAGCCAGGAGCCCUGUCCCCCGUCUCCUUCAGCCCCAUCCUAGCCCAGAGCGUGGACCAUGACGAGCACUCUUGUCCCUUUAAAAAAUCAAAGUCGCACCCUGCCUCACUGGCCAGCAAGAAACCUAAAAGGGAAACUAGCUCGGACAGCAUCCCGCCUGGCUAUGAGCCCAUCUCCCUGCUUGAGGCUCUCAACGGCCUUCGGGCCAUCUCCCCGACCCUCCCCUCGGCUCCCCUUUAUGAAGAGAUCACCUACUCUGGCGUCUCGGAUAGCCUGUCCCAGGCCAGCUGUCCACUUGCUGGGCUUGAUCGAAUCGUGGAAAGUAGUCACCAGAAGGGCAAGUCAAGGAGCAAAUCCCCGGACAGCACCCUGCGGUCCCCGUCAUCCCCGAUCCAUGAGGAGGACGAGGAGAAGCUCUCCCAGAACUCGGACGCCCCUCCCCUGCCAAGCGGGGCUGGGCUGGUGCUGAGCAGCUCCCCAGAGAGUUUCCUCACAGAGGAGGUUGAUGAGAGGUCAUCACUAAAGCAAGGGAGCCGUGUACCCUCCAUUGAGAAUGUCCUACAGGAUGGCAACCCCGAGCCCUGUGGCUGCUGCCAACCUGGCCCACCUGCUGACAUCUACCUUCCAGCCCGGGCGCCCGACUCCUGUUCCGUUGGUAUAGAGGAGUAAGCUGGAUGGCCCACCUCCAUGGAGACACCCCGAAGCCUCCUCGCCACUGGCCCCACCCGGCCUCUGCUUGGUGGCCUCAGUCCUAACAUGGAGGCCACCAACCUGACUCCACUCUGAGAGCCUGGCCAGGCUGGCAGCAUGGAGCCCUCAGCUCCCCAGACGUUGCCAAGGGGCUGCCUGGACUCCAUUGAGACCCCUGGCCUCCUGUCUGCAUACCCUUCAUAGCCACGGCUCCAAGGGGCCCUGCGACCCUUGAUUGAAGAGCACAGUGGACUGUCUCCUCUGGCAAACGGUUUUAUUUGCAGUCUCUGUAUUUGUAAAUGGUACAAGAUGAAGGAUAGCCCCUUUCUGUCUCAGGCACUGAGCUCUGGGGUUUCCCCAAAUGCCUUGUUGGCUGGGUAGCUGGGGCUAGAGGCUGGAGGCUGGCUGCCCACAUGUCCCAGGUUGGCUUUAUCCAGCCUCCCAACCAGUGGGGGGUUGACACCCUGAGAACUCAGCAAACCUGCAGGAGAGAAUUUAUCGGUGGGUGAAGUGCUGUCUUCACAGGAGGUAUUACUGGGGGAUAUGUUGUCAGAGAAGGAAAGGAAAUGGGGUCUGAGUCACGGUCAAUGAAGGAAACAGUGCCUGUCCCCUAUCCCUAUGUGCGUGGCCCGGCUGGCACUGCUGCUUUGUGCCCUCUGUUGCUUCCCCUUCCCUUUCAGGCCCUUUGGUGCAGGGCUGUCUCCCCUAACUCACAGCCUUUCCCUAUGGCCUUGCCUUUGGGCAGCCCAGGUUCCUGCGCUCGAGGCCGAGGUCUGGGUUUGGGUCUGGAUCUCCCUAGGGCAGAGGUGCAGGUGCACAGCCUGUUGGCAGCAGUUGGUCUAGUGGCUCCUCUCCAAGUCCUGCACCUUCUCAGAGGUGGCUUUGCACACAUCCUCAGACCCCCUCCAAAUGGAGGACCUUCUUCUCCACUAGUCCACCUGCCCCAGGAGGGACCUGAACAACUCUGCUCCCUCUGUGCCAUUUAAAUAUCACUUUGUGUUUCUCUUUGAUUUGUUCUGUCUGAGACUUCUGUGGUGGGACCUGCCUGGGGGCGGAGGGUCCCACCUGAGAUGGCCUCAUCUUUUUCUUAAGAUAAACCAGCUGGGCAACAGAAAGGCAGAAAGAAGUACCCAGCCCUGGUGCAGCAGGGCACAAGCUGCCCCAGCAGGGACCUUGGCCUGGUGGGUUGGUCUGUGUAGCUCCCCAUGGGGCCAACACUUUUGGGCCUGGGAUUGGGUGGUGCAGAAGAGCUCGCUUUCUGUGGAGGUGCCCUGGGAAGGAUGAUGGUUCUGGGCUGCUGUCCACAAAGCAUCUGCACAGCUGGGAGUUUUGUCCAGUGGGGUCCUCAUCUCUCCAGUUCAGCCUGUGAGCAGAGAGCGCUGUCUUAUGCACAGCUCUCGGCCAUGCUCAGGCCACCUUCCCCGGCCGCUUGACUCUGUCUCCCCUCCCCUCCCACCCACUAGUGUGCUUAUAUGUGCACACGUGCACACACACAGGCUGGCCAUCUCCUCACCCUCAUCACCUGCCACCACCCUGGCCUCUCACCAUUGGUAUUGGUGCCAGUACUCUGAAGGACAGGAUGCAGACUGCCCUGUCUUGGACUUACACGUGCUAUCAUUUGAUGUAUUCUGAUUGGCUAGUUUUUGUUUGUUUUUACUGUAUAUUUAUAGUAAUAAAAUCAUGCAGCAAUA